AAUGUGCUCGUGCUUUGACAAUUAGUUAUUAAUCGAGGCAGCAGAUUACAAUUAGCGAUUAAGCCUUAUCGCACUGAAACGUACCAACAUUUUGGGGUGAAAUUGCACUGCCAAAAAGUACGAUCAGUUUCCAAUGAAACGCUCAAACGAUAAUCGAUUAGUUCGUUAGUUCGCGUCUUGGAAGAAACUAGCCAGUGUUUUGCAUACGACAUAGUGAAAAUAGAAGAAAUUCAAGAAGUUUUCGGGUCGAAAGAAUGCCGCCGGUAAUCAAUGUUAAAUUUGACCAGCACGACCACCGGGUGUACUGCAGUGGGGAGACGUUAUCAGGAAGGGUCGAAGUUUCAUGUACCAAGGCCACAUUGAUUCGAAGUAUUUCAAUUCAAGUUCUAGGAUUUGCCAAAACAUUCUGGGACAGAACUAUUGUCUGUUCUUGUAAAUUAAAUUGCAUCAAAAGAGAUCAUUCAACCUAUUAUGACCAUUCCGGCCGCGAAGAGUAUAUGUCAAAACACAUCUAUUUGUUGGGUUCGCCAGAUGCUACUCCAGUCGAAUUUUGUUCGGGCCUUCAUAAAUAUGAAUUUUCAUUUGAUUUGUCACCAACAUUACCAUCAUCCUUCGAAGGAACUUGUGGUUAUAUUCGCUACUUGGCAAAAGUAGCGAUUGAUCGUCCAAACACAAGUAUUCUGACAACAGUCGAAAAGUUUGCAAUAAUAAACGCAUUCGAUUUGAACAAAGACUCACCAGUUCUCAAGCUUCGUGCAGAUGUUGAAACCGUGUACGAGCCAGGAUGCCUUUGUUGCUCAUCAAAGCCAUUCCAGCUAAAAGCAAGCGUGCCUCAAACCGGAUUAAUCGCUGGACAGAUUAUACCCGUUCGAACCGAAAUUAACAAUGCCAGUAACCUUGACGUCCGAGAUGUGCGAUUCUAUUUACGGAAAAUAAUCACAUAUUACUCUAACAAGCGGAAACGAAAGAGCAGUAAAACUGAUAUAGUAGAGUUGGUCAGCGUAUCGUGCGCCUAUAUGGUCCGAAAAGGGUGCAAUAAGUUUGAGGAGUUCCUCGCCGUUCCUAAAACGCAAAGUUCCACAAAGGAUAUGAAUUUAGGUUUAAUACAAAUUAGUUAUGACAUUAAAGUUGAAGUUGUGCUUCAUAUGUGGCGUAAAAAUCCUUUUGUGGUAUUGCCAAUCACUAUUGGAACAGUCGCUCUGAAAGAUGUUGUGCAAAAUGAAGUCACUUUUGACAAGAACAGUAAAAAUUAUGGUGCAGACGAACUUGAGCCUUUGAAUGGAAAAGCAUUCGGUGACAAUGAAGAUGUGUACAUUGAAUUUAUUGAUGAAUAACGGGCGAAGUUAACUUUGAAACUUUAUCGGCUGGAAUGGAAUUCAAUAUAACUCACUUCUCAGGUAACUUAGGGAAGGAUGACAGGAAACUAACAUGACCCAUGGCCUCCGUUAAAUUUAUAUUAAAUAUAAAUCUUACGUUUUGGAUAUAAAAAUUAUUUAUAUAUUUAUGCAUAAAACGCAAAUAUCCUCAUCAGGAAAAAUGAGACCUUGAACGAUCUGCAUAACUUAUUUACUAAAAUCUCUACUGUUCAGUCAGUCAAAUUGAUUGAUUAAAGUCGACCAACUAGUCCCAAUAGGACCACAAUUGAUUUUUUUGGUUUACAGAUUUUUAUAUUGUAAAAUGCAUAGUUGUUGGAAUGGAGGUUAAAGCUAUAAGAAUUAAAACGUUAGCUA